AUGUCGCAGGCGAACAACCGUGGUGGCGGCAACAAGCGGUCGCGUAUCUCUUCAUCAGGCGCCUAUCGUCAGCGCGAGAACCAGUCGACAUCGUCGUCGACAAAUGUCGCUCAAACUCAAUCGGGUUUAAUUAUUGAUAAUGAAACUGAACAAUCAUCCGAAGGAAUCAAAGAGCAAUUGAACAGUGUUGAAGAUAUCAUCACACAACCUAUUAUUGAAGUUCCAACCAAACGUUUAUUGCACUUAAAAGAACUUGGUGGAAAUCUUUUUGUCUCAUCAUCAACAAAAAUCUAUUCGAAAACAUUACAAAAACUAUUCGAUCGAGUCCUAUUUACGAAAUCAUUAAACAAUGACGUGAAUACAGCACCAUCUGAUUUGCGCGUUUUCGAACGUGUUUUAGCACGUUCCGAUGACAACGACGCUUAUUCGACAUGCACAUCAUUGGCACAACCAGUACCAGCGACAAUACUUGUGCUUGGCUCUACUGCAUGCGAACAUGCGCUUGUAUGGAAAUUACUACAGCGAAGAAAUUUCAAAAUUUUUAUAUCACCUGGUAAUAGUGGCACAACAAUCGAUCAAUCAACCGGAACAAUUUCGACAGUUUUCCAAAACGAAAAAGAUCUUUUGGAAUAUGUCGAUACCAAACAAAUUGACCUAGUUAUAUCGUUAAAUAAGACAUUUUACUUUGAAGAACUUGAAGCACGCCUUUGCGAACAUGGCUUACAUUACUUAGGAUGUUCUGUUGAUACAUUAGUAUUGACUGAUAAUCAAUUAAAUGCCAAACAAUUUAUGAGUAAACAUAAAAUUCCCACAUUAGAGUGGACACAUUGUUUGAAUGAAGAAGAUGCUCGGUCGUUUAUCAAUAAAUCUCCAAAUCAACAGCAAUGGAUUAUUCGGGCAACACAUGGUAAUGGUAUAAUCAACUGUAAAAGUCCAGACGAGGCAAUGCAAACAAUCAAAGCUGUUUUCGAAGAUCAUAUUUUUGGUAAACUAAAUCAAUCUGUCGUCGUCGAGCAUGGUUAUUCAGCAGACGAUCAUCAAGUUUGUGUUUUAUACAUUGUAAGUGACGGCGAUGGUGAUUAUACUCAGUUACCAAUAAUACAAUCUGAUCCAUUACGAAUGGGUGCUUAUGGUCCAUGUCCAUAUUUAACAUCGAAACAAUUAUCCUAUGUUCGUCGUCGUAUUGUUGAACGUACACUUCGAUGUUCACCAACGAUUCGUCAUUUGUUUGGUUUUCGUUUAUUGAUUCAAGGAUCGAAUUACAAUCAAGUCUGUCUACUUGACUAUGUGUCCACAUUUGAAGAACCCGAAGCAGAGAUUAUCUUGUCAUUAUGCGAACCCGAUGUGCUUCUUCAAUACGCACUAGAUCUACCGUCGGUUCCGAUCAUACCUUUGACAAGCAAAAAACGUCGUGUUCACUGUGUAAAUACAACUAUAACGUCAACGAAAUCGUCUUUAACUAUUUCGAACAAAGUUCUAUCGACCGCAACGAAAAAUAACAAAGUGAAAAUCUUUCACAAUCAGACAGAUGUUAAUGUUAAUAAUAAUGGAACAGGUGAAACAAAUUUCAUAACAACAAGCGGUGAACGAAUCUUCAACGUACUUGGUUAUGGUUCGACCUUACAGGAAGCACAAAUUCAAUCGGUACUUGCUUGCGAAUAUAUCAAACAGCAUGCUAAUGUUGACGAUCUUCUGUUUAAAUCCGAUGUUGGUGCACAAGCGAUUGAAUGGUAUAAGACGCGUGUUAAUCGCAAUCACUCGUCAACUGGUGGUUUAACGAAUGGCAAAAAGAAGAAGGUGAAAAAGAAAAUCUCGCUCCUAUCAGGAUCGAAUAAACGAAAUCGUAAUUCGGCAAAUCGUCGUCGUAACACGAAAAAUUCCGAACAAGACAAAGGCAAUUAUAAUGAAGAGAAUGAAACUAGUGAUGAUAAUGAUGAGGAUGAUGAUGAUGAUGAAGACGAAGACGACGACGCUGAACCAAUGGAUUUCGAACGAGCAUUUGGCACCGUAUCCGACAUGCCGAAAUUGGAACAUAUGGAUAUCUAUCAAAAUAAUGGUACAUUCGAUGAUCAUAAUGUUCAUGAAGGUGAAACAUAUUUUGAUUUGUCAAGCAAAAUCGAUCUGAAAACCUAUAAGCAACCUGUUCUCGUAUCGUCAACAAUCAAUUUGAAUCCAUUAGCAGCAUUAUUUAAUUUAAAUGAUAGCGAUAUGAGUGAUUGUCAAACUGUUUUCGAAUAUCUUGGUCACGAACUAACUGUUCGAUGUGCGAAUGAUCUUGUUGGUGCUCGUACACUUUACAUUCAAUGUUACUCUUCACCAAUAUCAUCACGUCGUUCAAUUCAACGUUUCUAUCAAGGAAUCGAACAAGCAUGUCAACAACUUGAUUGUACACUUCUCAAAACGACCAGUUCUGCUAUAUCAUCAUCAUCGUUCAGUUCAUUAUGUACAGGUCUAUGUGAUAGAGAAUUUACUACACUGAAUAAUACAAGCCAUCCAACGAUUAACGAAGGUGAUUUCUUAGUGGCCAUUCGAAGUAGUUCGGGCACAGUUAAUACGCAAGGCUAUGUACAGUUAAAAGAGUUAUUCCAAAAGAAAAAUAUUCAUUUGAACGAUACGGUACCUUUUCGAACUGCUGAUGGUGAAGAAGAGUCAUUUUUCUCAUUAUUGCUACAAAAAUCAUCUGUGUUAGCAUCAUCAUUAGCUAAGACCAUUGGUGAACUGAUUAGAAAUCGAACGAUCAAAGCCGUUCGAUAUCUCAAAGAUAUUGGUUUGGCUCGUAUGAUUGAAUCUUUACUUGGUCCAUUCAGAUCAACAUUGAAUAUUGACUUAAAUGGCCAACAAUGGCCUGUAAUGCCACCACUUUUUACUUGGAUCUAUCAACAUAGUGGUUUUAGUCAAGAUGAAAUGUUCGAAUAUUUUAACUGUGGUGUCGACUAUAUACUUCUUGUUGAUCAUACAAAAAUUACUGUCGAAGAUCUUCUUCGUCAUCUAACUGAAACACAUACUUCAAGUUUUUAUCUAGGAACAUUUGUGUCAAUAAAUCCGACUCCAACACGUAAACCAAUUCGUACGCCACAACAACCAAUUGUCGCUCCACCACAACCACGUACUGUUCAGUUGAAAAAUAUUUCUUUCAAAUAUCCGAAACCAUAUCAAACAGCUGGCGCAUUAACAAAUAAUAGUGCACCUGUCGUAAUCAAAGAUCGAAUGAAACAACCGAUUGCAAAUGACAAAACACGUUGUGCUGUACUUAUCUCUAACAAUGACACUUCCUUACUUUCACUUCUCGCUUAUAGUACAUCAACACUUGAAUGUGCAUUCGAGAUCGUUCUUGUACUUUCAACAGUAGCUGGCCUAUCGGAUAUUGCUCGCGUGAAUGAAUUACAUCCCUCCGUGGUUACUAAAGUGAUUCAACCGAAGAAAUACGCUGCUCGACAUUACGAUUUGGAUCAAAAAGUGGACGACGAAUUACAACUACAUGGCUGUGAAUUAGUUAUUCUCGAUCGUUACACAUGUCGUUUAUCACAUUCGUUUAUUAUGGCUUGGCGUGGACGUUUGUUAAGUAUCUAUCCAUCGUUGUUACCAUCAUUUCGUCAUAGUAGUUCGCCCAUUCGUGAUGCUUUACAAACAGGUGUACGUAUAACAGGUGUGACAGUUCAUUUUAUUGGUGAAUCGGAUACGGACAACGAUGGACCCAUCAUUGCCCAGGAAAGUUUAUCUGUAACACCGUUCGAAACGGAAAUGCAAUUGGAAAAUCGUCUGCGUACACUCGAACAACAAUUGUAUCCGAAAGCAAUUGAUUUAGUGGCGUCAGGAAAGAUUGUUUAUCAGGGUAAACGACGCAUGAGUAAAAUCAAUUCAACUACGUCAAUUACGCCUUCAUCUUAUUAA